AUGGCGCCGGUAGCGACGGGGGCUUUGCCCCCUGUUGACCGGAUCAGCGCUCCAUCGUCCAAGCAGACAGUCGAGGAAGUCUGCUUCUCGGCUGCCUUGAUAUGCUUGGAAGGCCACUACAGCGAUUCGCCCCCGAUCUCCGGACCUCUCACUCAUGCAAAAGUCACCAACAUGGUGACGCGAACAUUGGAGAAGACGCACACCUUGAAGGAAGUCCGAGAAGCAUUAUCGAGAAAUGUCGAGAUCUGGGUGUACCUCACCAAGAUCUUCGCGUCCGCAGUGCCGUAUCUGACCACUCGCUGCAUCGGGCCGUUAUCCAGCCUCAACGACCCCAAUGCCCGAGUAUCAGGUCCUGAGAGCACUGCCUUGAUCCUGAAGAAUUAUGCCAGUCUCAAGGAAGAUCUGCAGAUGCUCAACAAGCUCAUGCAUAUCGCCCGCAACCUGCUCGUGACCCAGGAGCCCGAGGUGCCGCAGGACAUCUGCGCAGCUGUCAGUUUUGACCAGAUGGUGUACCAGACCAUCAUCUUGUGCAUCAACAUGGCGAAUAAGGGAAUUGGUCCAGAAAAGUUGGACGACAGCACGAGGGCAAAGCUGAAAGAAAUCGACGACCUCUACAAGAAACUUCUUGUGACCGCUCUGCAACAGGCACACAACUGGACUGCCAAGAAUGACCGGAACAAGAUGUCAUUUUGGCACGAUGUGCUCUUUGAUGAUGAACAUACCCAGGACGAGCAAGACGGUCUAGGGGAUGGCUCAGGUUUCCGGUUCGACAUCGCUAAGGUCGAAGUUCUCAAUUGGCUGGAGCGCAACUCGAAUGUCUGCGAAAAGGCCAAGGCUCUCCUUGUCGAAUACGCCCAGACGCACGCAAACAAGCCGCCCGGAAUCCCGGCCGCUAUCUCACCCCUCUGUGGCACAUGGAUGCCCGACGUCAACCCGAGAGCGGACGACCCAAAUGAUACCGAGCCUGCAACAUCGGUCUGGCAACCCGAGGAGACCGAUAAGUUCCAACAGGACAAGCUCUACGGCCGCGUCUCCCACGAAGUCGACGCAUGGUGGGAACGAGCUCGAGAUCAGAACUUUGACGGCUGGAAUGUUUCCAUGCCCUCGAUUGAGUUUGCACAGUCCAGGCAAGAAGCAUAUCUGGGCAUGAUAGAACACCGAUACGCGCACACGUAUCGAUCGAUGGACGACGACCACAUGGUCGAUCAUUGCGAACACGACCAUGAGCACGAACAUGACCACCAUCAUGACCACCAUCAUCAUUGCCACCACCACCACCAUCACGACCAUGACCAUGACCAUGACCAUGACCAUGACCACGACCAUGACCAUGAUCACCACCACCAUCACCACCAUCAUCAUCACGACGACGAUCUCCUUCCCGAAGGCGCUGAUGGGGACUCGCGGCACGUCGUUCAGGAAUACGUUGAUGACAUGAUCGAAGAUGAUGAUAUCGAUGACGACGAGUCGUACGGCGAGGGCCCAAUGGCAGGCGUACUGACAGAGUUGCCCAACGUGCUCGACCCGAAGCAAAUAGAAGCCUUGCACAUGAUUGUCAAGUCUUGUAUCAUGGACACUGUUGGGGUUGGUCUGACACGUUAUGGAGAGAAUCUGCAAAAGACAAGGUGUCAUAUGUUCCUGGCUACUGACUGUGGAAAGAGUUUGUUUCGAGAGAUGCUCGUUUACAUUGCGGUUUGGGACAAGGAUGAGCAAUCGCUGAUCUUCGAGAUAACCUCGCAGAUUGUCGAGGCCAUCCAUCACAACGCGCUACUUCCCUACGCAUGGAACUCAUUACGGGUGACCAAGGACGUCAUCUCGCCAUCCCAGGCUGUGCUCCUUCGCGUCAUCAGUCACAUGUUCCGCAAGAAAUUUGUUUCUGCUCUAGACCAAGAAAUCAGCGACGAUGACCUUGACAUCAAGCUCGUGCACUACCUUUUCAGCUGGUUCCGGAGUCGUACUGUGCCGGAGUGCUUGGGCUACCUCAGUCUGCAAGCCGAGGUUCUGACUGGCAUCACGGACCCAGCCGACUUCUUCGUGGACGGAUGGGAUCUCGAGCGUGCAAGAGACGGUCUGGCCCAGUUCCUCGAGUUCAUCAAUACCGCGGCGGAUAUCGACGCCAUACGGAAGAAGAUCAUUGAGUGGGAGGCUGUGUAUGAGUUGAUCACUCUGCUGAAAGCACUGGAGGAGAGUAUCCCGAAGAAGCCUUUGGUGGAGGCCCCGGCACCCCGCAACAAUGAGUCUUCGACAAAUGGACAGAUAGUCGAACGGCCUUAUGCUCAAAACGGCAAUGCCGACCAGCCUCCUCCUCCACCGCCACCGCCGUCCCAGCCUGGAGAACCUCCCCAUAACUUUGCUUGGUCCGGCAUCAAGAUUCAGAUCCUGGGCCUACUCGCGACCUUGCUCCAGCCGCCGAGAGGCGAGCGUGGACCCGGGAAUUCGCAGGUGCAGGACCAGAUCAUGCGCCAAAAUGGCCUUGUACCUCUGCUCAACUGCUGUGCCUAUGACGACAACAACAGAUACGCUCGCGAGAGGGUGCAGGUCUGUCUCAAGUACAUCAUGGACGGCUCGAUAGCCGCCAACAACUUUCUCCGGGACCUCGUCCGGAAGGCUCCCCAGCCUGGCCAGAUGGCUCCGCCGCCCGCGCGACCAAAGGCGGGACUGCCCUCUUCUACGGGCAGUGACCCCGCGGCUCCGACCACAACGAGCCUGAGGGUGGACGGCAUCGGCGGCGAGAUCAAGGUCCAGGUUCGAUCUCCCUCUGCCCCCGGCAGGGCCACGUCGGCUACGCUAGGGACGACGGCCUUGGGCCCUGUACCGCCUCCUGCGUCGGCACAGCCUGUGAGUACGGCGGCGGCGGCGGCGGCGACGGCGAGUGGCUCCGCUACUACCACGGGCGCUGGAAGCACAACCACGACCCGGCCUGCGCUUCCUUACCCGCCGCCUUUGCAAGGGCCGAUCCCGCCAAUCACGAACCCGCCCCGCAACCGUUCGGAAGAGUUGCUGAGCGACAUCAUCACGCUUGCCAACGAGGCGGCGCGGUUAGCCCUUGCGCACGAUGGGGACGAGACUGAAGAUGACUUUAUGUGA